GAUUUCUACAAACUCUUUCAAAAACAUUUGAAACCACAAAAAGUUGAGACUGAUUUUAGUUGGGCAAUGAUACAUGCCGUAGUUCAAGUGUUCAACACAGUCAGUGUUCAAGACUACCUGGAAAUCUGCUUCCAAGUUUGCCUGGAGAAUGAGACAGUGCAGUUAACAGUAUUACAUCUUUGUGCUGCUCACAUGCUUAAACUGAUAACUGUCAAGCUGUCCAAGAUGGAAUGCAAAAAGGAGACAAAGCAAUUCUUUCUUUACUGCUUUGCUCUUUUGCUAAAUGCAACCAGGUUUGAUCAGAUCUUGUCCAUUUCAAGAUGCAUAUCAUAUGUAUUUUCCUCUAAGUAUGACACUGAGGGCUCUAAGAAACAUCUGUCAUCUCUGAAGGAUGCCAUCGAGACACAGAGUGCAGAAAAGAUGGAAGUCAGUAGCACAGAUGAAGCUCAGGGACUUGGGGAUUUUGAAAACAUGUCAAAAUCGAUCUCAAAGUCAUCCCCAUUCUUUGCUCCGAUUGAAGAUGCUAUCAAUCAAGCACAAGAAGAAGCAGAGAAAGAAUCUUUAGCAGAGAACAGUGGGCCACAGAAUAAAUAUUUUUGCACAUCACUUCUUGAUGUGAUUUUGCAUUAUGCUGGCACUGUUCCCCUUUGGUCAGGUAUAAUGCUGAAAACUACUGGCAAAAGCAGAGAUAGCAAUGCUGUGGUGGAGAACUGGUUUCGCACAACCAAAUCAGUCAUUUUGGGUUCAAAACUACACAGAAGACCAGGAGACUUUUUGCAAGUCCAGCAUGAGUUUGUUGUUGGAAGAGUGAAAGGAAUGUCACUUGUAAAAAAGCGUGCACCUGCAACAACCCCAACUAACAAAGACAUGCAGAAAACUGAAGGCCCAGAGACACUGGCUCUGUCUCAAGAGGAGCAAUGGAAAAAACGAACACCUAGAAAAAAAAAAUCAAAGUAUUUCAGCUCGCCUCCGCCAGUGAAAAAAGUCCAUGCAUCCUCAAACACAAAAAAACUGUACAAGUCAUCAACACACCCUUUAUUAGAAAACAAAAAGCAAUCAUGUCCACAGUGGGGAGGAAAGGCAGUUCUUGGACAGAGAACCAUUACAAUGACAAACACUUGUUCAAUUGACAACCUGCUUUACACAAUGCAUCUGGCAAUCAAAAACAAGCCAGGGAUCAAAAAUGAGCUACAAAAACUAUCUAGGUGUGAUAAAUGGAUAUCAACAUUACUACAUGUCCAUAAUCUUUUUGAGAAGGAGGAGUGGGCACAGGGAAAAGCAGUUUGGCUGAACAAGAUUGGACGAUUCAAAGGAUCAACCUGGGAUGCCUUUGGGUCAGAGGAGGACAUGAUCACAUGCAGGCUAGAAUUUCUGCAAAGUACAGAAGUUUUACAAGCAUGUUUCAAUCCAGCCUGUCCAACUGCACAGAGAAGAUACAACUCCAUUGAUAUUGUAUGUGAGGACUUCACUAAGUUACAGGCGGAUGUUGACAAGUGGGCCAACAACAUUAUGAUCCAACUUCCAUGCAAAAGAGGUGUUGAGCCAUGCACAGAACAAAAGAGAACACCACAACAUACCUUUGUGCAUGGGUUGCCAUGUCUUCUGCUGAUGUCAAUACUUCACAAAAAUCCUUUGACUGAGAACCAGCAUCCAACAGCCUUGCCACAUAUGAUUGAAAUUCUUGGUGGAAAGGACUACAGGAAUCCAAGAAGGAAGGAAGAGACGACAUUCCAAUUUCCAUAAAAAGCUCACAGAAGAAACUUGCAACCGGCUGUCAGGUUGGACACAUUGUUAUGGUCAGGGCAAGCAACUGACUCGCAAAUAGGUGAUUCAUUCAUGUUCCAGAAAAUAAAUUUAGUUUAGUUAUGGUUUUUAGAUAAGUUUUUCCUUGUUUUGAUUACUGAUUAAUUUUAAAGCAUCUGCUUUUGUGUUGGGUUUUUUUCUGUUUUAACUUUUACUUCCUUUGUUCCGAAUAUCCUUGAUCCGUUGGACCUGUGCCUAAACAAUAAAUAUUUAAUGUUUAAAAUAACUGUAGCAUUCCAUUUUGUGCAUUCUAGUCCUCUGCCAAAAAUUUGUCUCACCAAAAAGAAAAAGGACUGACAAUUGUGA